AGAGGCGGUGACGCAGUGUGAUCACAGGUGCCAUAGGAAUGGCAGCUUGCAUGUGCAGCGUGUUGGUGCCAGAGGGGCUGACCACCCACAACAAAGAAUACAAUCUUUACAAAGAAUUAAAUGCAUUUAUGGAAAAAGGAAAAUUGAAUAAUAAGAUGAUAGCAGAAUAUUGUAAUACGGCAGUGGAUUCCUCAGUGGAAAACAACAUGUAUGUAAACAAAGUGUGGGUUCAGUGUGAGAAUGAAAGUUGUUUGAAAUGGAGAUUUUUGUCAAGUGAGGAUGCAGCCAAAGUUGAUCACAAUGAACCAUGGUACUGCUUCAUGAACACUGAUUUAAGGUACAAUAAGUGCUCUGUCUCUGAAGAAGACUUUCCUGAAGAGUCUCAGCUUCAUCAAAGUGGAUUUAAGAUCGUCUAUUCACAGCUCCCUCUUGGAAGCCUGGUUUUGGUAAAAUUACAGACUUGGCCAAGUUGGCCGGGGAUACUUUGCCCUGAUCCUUUUAAAAGGAAAUAUGUGACCUAUGACCUGGAUGGAGAUGUUGAACAGUAUCACAUAGAAUUUCUGGGUGAUCCCCAUUCAAGAUCAUGGAUAAAUGCAACGUUUGUUGGACAUUAUAGUAUCACAUUAAAGCCAGGAACAUGUAAGAAUAAAAAGAAGUGGUAUAAAAGUGCACUACAAGAAGCGUACCUCCUCUAUGGAUGCUCUCAUGAGCAAAGACUGGAAAGGUGCUGCCUAUCAAAACAGGACAAAUCCAAAGCAGAUGGCAAAGUUGCUGUGGUGGCCAAGAAAAGGAUGCAAGUUUCCAAAAAUAAUACUAAAAAGAAAAAGCCCCAAUUUAGAAAAAGGAAAAGGAAAACUGUUUUAAAAUCAUCUUUUGAAAAUGUUUGUUCAGAUGAUGCCUUAUCAAAGGAAAACAUGGUUGUCUCUGAGACAGAACUUUUACUAAAAGAGCUGGAGCAAAUGCUAGAGCAAGCACUGGAGCCCACAGCCGCCCCUGAUGAGUCCGAAGGGGAGCGCGGAGAGGAGACAGAUACAGGAGAAAAGUUAUCUAAAUGUGGCCCUGAAGCUCCUGUGGGCAGCUCGCUUGAAAACCACUGUGAAGAGGACUAUCUUGUAAUUGAUGGGCUAAGAUUAAAAGCUGGAGAAUGUAUUGAAAAUAUAACUAACAAGUUUAAGGAAAUAGAUGCGUUGAUGUCUGCACUUUAGGGCAUUACAGAUAUUUUCAAAAGUUAAUUAUAAAAACAUUUACAUCUUUAUAUUUUCCCAAAGUCAAAACUUAAAAAUGUUUAGUGAAAUAGGUAUACAUUAUACCAAAGUUGUUAUUUCUAAUAACUUUCUACUUUGUGUUUUGAGAAUACCCAUUGUUUUGAGAGUCAAUCAAAUGGUAAUUAAGUUAGUGUUAUAAAUUUAGAAAUCUGAGAAACCCUGAUAUUUGCAUUUGUAGGUUUUUUUUCUUGUUUGCCUUAAUUUUAAAAUGGCUUAUGAAACCUACUUCACAAAUACAUGCUUUAUAGUGAUUAUUUAGGCCCUUUGUUCAAAUGUGGCUAACUGCUAAAAUGACUGCCGAUGCUAUUAUAAUUCUUACAGAUAUUUCAAAUCUAAUAUACUUAGAGAAUGUGAAUUUGUAGUAGAAAGAAGCUACUGUAAAAUA